AUGGGGCCUAAGAAAAAUAACAAUACGAAACCUUUGACUGCAAGCCAGCAAAAAAUUUUAAAAAUAUUACAAACGGAUAUUGUUGAACGCUAUUUUAAUCCUGCAGAAAGCGAUGCUGACUUCGAAUUGCUAUCAACUUUGAGGUAUGAUCCAGGUUUUACACAUGUAUUCUUACAAUCAGGAAAAGAAUCUCAUGAAAUUAGAUUGGAGGAGAUAGAUUAUCGAUUACAAGCUGAUAGCUUUGCGGAUGCCCUAAAUAAUGCAGAAAGUGGCUCCGAAGGAAAUACUACGAGGUUCAGUGAUAUUUUCGAUGAACUGACGACAAGCUCUUCAUUUGAUAAUGAAAACGAUAACUCUCUCAUGUCUUUACUUGAAAGUACCUAUGAAUCACAGAACUCAUCUCCACCAGCACCAGCAUCAUUUGCUGCCAGCCAGCAAGAAAACACAGAUUUGCGCGCUACAUUCUUCCAGAGGUUCUUGUUGCUCGGAGAGCAUUACAAGAGGCUCAACUUUGCGCUACAAUUCUUCAAAUGGGAGUUUCAUGUGCCCUUGAAAAUGCUACUGGACAAGUUGAUUGAUGCUCUUCCAGAGCAUCAUGAAAUAUCAAAUCUUGAAGAAAGAAUGAAAUUACUUAUAAAUGAAAACCACUGCUAUAAAAUGAGAGUCUUGAUUUCCAAGACGGGAAGAAUGAGGAUAGAGGCUCACCCAAUUUUGCCAACACUACCGCUCACGCCUGCAAUAACUUCAUCAAGAUAUUUCAUGGAGACUAUUUUAGGUGGCUUUUUACCAAACUCAUCUACAACUUGGGAUGUAUUCGUCGACACCAAACCCAUGAGUGUUUCUCCUUUCACAACUUUCAAAACGACAUACCGUGAUCACUACAACGAAGCCAGAGGCCGUCUAGAAGAGCUAGCUUCUACAUUUGGAAGCAACGGCAAGCGCGAAAUCCUUGUCUAUAAUGAUGCUCACCAGUUAAUGGAGGGAUCGAUAACUAACGUAGCAUUGGUCAAAACGAGAGAAGACAAUGAUGAGCAACUGAGAUUCAUUACGCCAUCAUUGAAUAGCGGGUGUUUAUGUGGUACAAUGAGACACUAUUUACUGAAAAAGUAUCUGAUAUGCGAAGAGCCCAUAGAUGUUCGUCACUUGGUGCAAGGCGAUACUGUAAUUCUUUUUAAUGGAGUCAUGGGUGCCGUCAAAGGUGUGGUUAGAAAUGCCUUAAAAUAG